AUGUCAUCUGAAGCAUUCGUAACAUUGGCUACAAACGAUGGUUAUGCUCUUGGAGCUUUGGUCGUUGCACAAUCACUUCGGAAAGUUGGAACACAACGACGUUUAGUUGUAAUGAUUUCAAAGAAUUUAUCAGAUUUAAUAAAACGAACAUUAGAAACAAGUUUUGAUGAAAUAGUUAUUGUUGAAGAAAUGAAUUCUCAUGAUGAUGAACAUUUACAUUUAUUACGCCGUCCUGAACUUGGUGUUACAUUUACAAAAAUAAAUUGUUGGCUUUUAGAAAAAUAUUCAAAAUGUGUUUUUCUUGAUGCUGAUGUUCUUGUUUUACGUAAUAUUGAUGAUUUAUUUGAAAGAGAAGAAUUUUCAGCUUCACCUGAUGCUGGUUGGCCUGAUUGUUUUAAUUCAGGUGUUUUUGUUUAUCGUCCAUCAAAAGAUACAUUUAGAAAAUUGGUUCAAUUUGCUAGUCAACAACAUGCUUCAUUUGAUGGUGGUGAUCAAGGACUUUUAAAUAGUUUUUUUUCAAAUUGGCGAACAUCGGAUAUAUCUCGGCAUUUACCAUUUGUUUAUAAUGUAACAGCAAAUACAUUUUAUUCAUAUGUUCCAGCUAUUACACGAUUUCGUAAUGAUAUUCGUGUUGUUCAUUUUGCUGGUGCAUUAAAACCAUGGCAAUUAACAUAUAAUCCACAAAAUGAACAAUUAUCAGGUAAUUUAGAUGGACAACAUGAUGUUCAAAGAGAAUUUUUACUUUGUUGGUGGAAAAUAAUGUAUGAACGAGUUUGGCCACAAUUAUCAAAAUAUAAUCAGGGUCAAUUAUCUGAAGGUGCAGUUGGUUUUGGUGGUAGUUCAUUAUUAAAUUAUGGUUCAUUAACAACUAAUCAAGGUGUUCAAUCAGGUUCAGUAGCUCAUCGUCGAGCAUGGGAAGCUGGACAUGUUGAUUAUCAAGGACGAGAUUCUUUUACUAAUAUUCAAGAACGAUUAGAACUAAAUAUCGCUCAACAACAACAACAACAACCAUAUCAUCCAUCACAAGAACAUACACAAUCAACCGUCGGCUCUGAUCCAUCAUCUGGUAGUCAUCAAUAA